UUUAUUUUAUAAUUUUUUAUUGAUUUAAAAAAAAUCUAAUUAGUUUAUGACACAAAAUUGAUUGGAUUACAACAGGGAGGAAAAAGAAACCAACACAGAGCGGCGCUGCAGGUCCUCAGCUGCCGAAAAAACAAGAGCUCAAAAAGCAGCAGGAAGCUCCGGCCUUUGGUUGGAAGGAUCGCAUAUGCCAGUGGCAGGACACUUCAAGUGUCGACUCCCUUUUUAUGAGCAGAGACGAAGUUAUCUGUGUUGUAGGAGACGCUGCGUUCCUCUGAAGGCGCAAAGAGGGAGCUCUAGAGCCAACGCAGCAGCUGUUCACCCGGAUGGUGCUGAAGCUGAUCUCAUCCGAGCGCGAAGGGCGGAUGCUGUCAGGAGAAACCCCUCAUUUUCCCCGACACCUGCACCGCUGCCCGAGCAUCCCUCAUCCAUCCAGCAUCUUAGCGCAUCCUCUGCGGUGCACAGUUUGAGAGAAGCGCCAAAAAGAGGAGGAGGAGGAAGAAGGGAGCGAACCUGCGUCCGUGGGCGGCGAGCGGGCCUCAGGUUGUGGCGGAGAAGGAUGCUUACACGCUGAGCUCAUCUGCUGUCACCGGGAUUGAAGAGAAGAGGGAAAGAUGCAAAGUCAAUCAGAGAGCAUGGACGCUGAACCGGACGCACGAGGAGAGCCACAGCCGGCGGCUGAAGCGGCAGAGGCGGGGUCGGGGAUCCAGGAGGACCAGGCCCUGGAAGAGGAGAUGGAGAGGCUGCUGGAAGAAAACGAGGAUCUGAAGUGCGAAAUUGAAGAGAUGAGGACUGAGAUGGAGGAGAUGCGAGACACCUUCUAUGAGGAAGACACCUGCCAGCUGCAGGAGAUGAGACGAGAGUUGGAGAGAGCCAAUAAGAACUGCCGGAUCCUGCACUACCGACUGCGCAAGGCGGAGAGGAAGAGGCUGCGUUACGCACAGACUGGAGAGAUCGAUGAAGAGCUGUUCAGGUGUCUGGAGCAGGACCUGAAGGUGGCCAAAGAUGUGUCUGUGCGGCUGCACAACGAGCUGGAAAAAGUGGAGGAGAAACGCACAAAGACAGAAGAGGAGAAUGAAAAGCUGAGGCAGAGACUCAUCGAGGUGGAAGUGACCAAACAAGCUCUGCAGAAUGAGCUGGACAAAACCAAAGAGUCACAAAAAAGAAGAGGGAGCAAAGACGUCCAGAAGACUGACAAGAGGGCAGCACAGACUCCCACGGAGGAGGACAAUGAUGACCUGAAGUGCCAGCUGGCUUUCACCAAAGAGGAGGCAGUGCUCAUGAGAAAGAAAGCGGCCCAGAUUGACAAGGAGAAGGAUCGAUUGGAACAGGAGUUACAGAAGUAUCGUUCUUUCUAUGGAGAACUGGACAGCUCCCAUCCUAAAGGGGAGGCUGGGGGGCCACCCACCACCCGAGAAUCAGAACUGAAGCUGCGCCUUCGUCUGGUGGAGGAGGAGGCCAACAUUUUGGGGAGAAAGAUAGUUGAGUUAGAGGUGGAGAACCGGGGCCUCAGAGCUGAGCUGGAUGACCUCCGGGGUGAAGGAGAGGGCUCCGGAAGCUCCGGGUGCGGGGCGAUGGGUGGGCAGAGCGCCGGGCGCAGCCUCGGAGAUGAUCUAACGGAACUCCGACAGCAGCUGCAGCUGGUGGAAGACGAGGCCGAGCUUCUGAGGAGGAACCUUGCAGAUGUUGAGGAGCAGAACAAGAGGGUGACCUCUGAGCUGAACAAGUUGCGCUUCAAGGCUGGUACUCAUGAGGGAGGUGCAAGGCAUGGAGGAGGAGUCACAGGAGGUGGAGCAGCUGAUGGAGGAAAAACAGAAGUUUUACAGGAGGAGCUGAAAGCUGCAAGGCACCAGAUUAAUGAUCUCAGCGGGAAGGUGAUGCAGCUGCAGUACGAGAACCGUGUUCUCCUCUCCAACAUGCAGCGCUACGAUCUGGCCUCCCACCUCUCCUUGAGACCGAGUCCCCGGGACAGCGAUGCAGAGAGUGAUGCCGGUGGUGCCACAAGCGGCCGCCGUGAGAGCGACGAGGACUCCACCUCCUCCCGCCUGCUCCCACCUCACCGUAAACGAGAGGGCCCCGUGGGUGGGGAGAGUGACUCGGACGAAGUCAGGAACAACAACGGCAGCAGCCGAUGCAUGACGCCCACGAGGGGGCUCUACACCCCCACCGGGCCAGAGGGCGCCGCCUCCUCCGCCUUGGGGAGAUUCCUGCCCGGUGGCCGCUGCAGCCUCCGUGAAAGACAGCAGAUGAUAGACAUCCGUGUGGAAGCGGAGAGGCUGAUCCGAACCAUCGACAGGCUCAUCGCCGACACCGCCGCCUUCAUCUCGGAGGCGAGGGUCUACGUCUCAAAUGGUGACCUAAUGUUCGGGAGGGCGGCAGAGGACGGUGCAGAGGAUGAUGGGAGCAGGAUCAGAGAACAUGAACUGCUGUACCGCAUCAACGCUCAGAUGAAAGCCUUCCGAAAAGAACUGCAGGGUUUCAUAGACAGACUGGAGGUGCCCAGGCUCGAGGACAGAGAGGCAGAGGAGCCACUGUCGAUGUUCCAGCCUAUCAUUUUACUGAUUCUCAUCCUGGUGUUAUUUUCAUCGCUCUCCUAUGCCACCAUCUUUAAACUAGUUUUCCUCUUUACUCUCUUUUUUGUUCUGUGAUGUGAGCGUCGCAUAGUUUUUUGUCAUCCUUCCAAUUUGUUUUUUUGCUGUUUUCAAUUUUUUUUGUUUUGUUUUUUUGCCCACAUUGUAUCUGUUGCCAAAGUAACUAAAAGCACGGAAAAGCUCGGCACUAGCCCCUCUCACCGGCAUCCACGCUGGAGUCUACAUUUAAAACCUGCACAACAUGAUCGGCACAACUCACCUGAGGAGUGUUCCUAGGCCAUCAAUCUUUCCUCCCCUCAUUGGCAGCCCAACAGUGACCUCUGACCAGAAAAGUGAAACGAGAGAAAGGGGAAACAGUCAUUUUAAAAAGGCCUGAGGGUAUUAAGCUGCCUGCGUCAUG